CGCCCUGCCCCCCUACAUCCGGGAGCCCCCUGGGCCGGGCGGGCGCCAUGGCGGACCGGCUCACGCAGCUGCAGGAUGCGGUCAACUCGCUGGCGGACCAGUUCUGUAACGCCAUCGGCGUGCUGCAGCAGUGCGGGCCCCCAGCCUCCUUCAGCAACAUCCAGACGGCGAUAAACAAGGACCAGCCUGCGAACCCAACCGAAGAGUACGCCCAACUGUUUGCAGCGUUGAUUGCACGAACUGCCAAAGAUAUUGAUGUUUUAAUAGAUUCUCUGCCUAGUGAAGAAUCAACAGCAGCUUUGCAGGCUGCUAGUCUGUAUCGAUUAGAAGAAGAAAAUCACGAAGCGGCUGCCCGUCUGGAAGAGGUAGUUUACCGCGGGGAUAUGCUGCUGGAGAAGAUCCAGAGCGCCCUGGCCGACAUCGCCCAGUCUCAGCUGAAGACCAGGAGCGGUUCGCACAGCCAGCCCCUGCCGGAGCCCUAGCGCCAGGGGGCAGCGCGGCCCCGCCGAACGCAGGGCGCACAUCUGAUCCUCGGGACACCCAGCUGCCAGCACCGGCAGCUCUGACACCCAGCCCGGCUCUGGGGGACUCUGAAAGCUCUGAGCAUCGGUAACAGUGGCUUUUAUCACAGCUCAAAACUCGGGUUUUGUGUGAGAAACGCUGCUACUGUAGAAUCGGUGCCUCUGUUGGAGAAUUGGGUGUACUGAUGUAUGUUUCCUUGGCUUUUCUGAGCUUUCUUUUCUGUGCAUAAGUAUGUCUGACCUCAGUCUGAUUUGUUAUCUUGAUUACACAGGCCUUAAUCCCUAAGGGGAAUUCAGAAGGAAAAUAUAUUGAGUAUUUAUGUAAUUUGCUCACUUCUAAUUUCAAACUUUUAUGUUCUUCAGGUAUUUUUUGUAAAGCUCGAACACAGACACGCUUGAAGUUCCUGGAGUUCUGUGGAGACAGUGCUAGACAAUGAUGUGAAUACAGUGGUAGCCGUCUGUUUUCAUUAGCAGAAAUGGUAAUUAAACAUUUGUGAUACUUC